ACAUGUUGAUGCCUCAAAGGCUUUCAGGAUUCAAACCUGAUGUUUGUGUCACCUCCAGGAUGUGUAUGCCACUAUGGAGUCUUUUGAGAGCCUCUUCACUCACUCAUACGUCAGAGAAGAUGGAAGCAGACCUUCUGUGAAUCCUCAAACCACACAGUUCCACACAAACGCUCUCCUGUCCUGGGCGCUGCUACUUACCAUCUGCACUGGCAGCCACAUCAGGGUCAUUGCACCAAAACAUCUCUCUAAACUGCCACGUCUGCUGGAGAAUGACAAUGUCAACAUGCGGAUUGCUGCUGGCGAGACCAUCGCCCUCCUGUUUGAGCUCAUCAGAGAUGUUGACCCUGAGUUUGAUUAUGAUGGCUGGGAGCCGUUGUGUGAGAAGCUGAACGCUUUAGCCACUGACUGCAACAAACACCGAGCCAAGACCGAUAAGAGGAAGCAAAGGUCCGUCUUCAGAGAUGUCCUCAAGGCCGUAGAGGAACAGGAAGGGGAUUUUCAAAGCGAGACAAUCCGCUUCGGCACAGAGCGAAUGGUCAUUGACAGCUGGGUGAGGAAGAGGACUUAUGAUGCCUUCAGAGAGUUUGUUGGCUCUGGGAUGAACUACCAUCUACAGGCGAAUGAGUUCAUUAGAGACGUGUUUGAACUGGGACCACCGAUGUUGAUCGAUUCUACUGCUCUGAAAGCUAUGAAGAGCUCAAGACUGGAGAGGCACCUCUACAAUGCAGCUGCGUUUAAAGCUCGAACCAAGGCCAGGAACAAGUUUCGGGACAAAAGGGUGGAUGUUGGGGAGUUUUAAAGUUUUGUAAAGCACAUAAUUUCUUUCAUCUUGCAUUUCAAUCUUUCGAUUCUUUGCAUUCCUUACGUGGUCUCUUUUUAUAAAUCUAGGUAAAAUGUUAAUAUUUCCUAUCUAUAAAUUCACUAAUUUCUCUUAGUCUAAUUUAUGUUUAUAUGUAAGUGGUGUUGGGUUCGCUAACAUCAGAUCAUGUUUUCUGUUGUUUGUGUAGUUGUAGGUCCUGUAAUGUUAUGAAUUGCACAGUAUUUUGUGUAAGUGAAUGUCAAGAUGGGCUGUACUGUAGUGAAGAAAAAAAAGAUUAAUAAAAUUAGAUGACCUUGAUGCCCCU